CGCAGAGCUAAAUCGCAGAUGUGUGAUCCCAGCAUAAGAUGAGAAUAAUUAUCCAACCUGAAAUGGGCUGUGUGAGAUGAAAGAAGUGGUUGAAAGGACAGGGAGAGAAUAGAUGUUGCUGCUGCUGGAGCUGUGUGGGGAGACGAUUGAGAGGAAAAUUGUGGCAGUGAAAGAGUUCCUAGAGAGAAUGAAUGUGGUAUGUUAGGAGUAGGGAGUAGAAAGUAUGAUGGGUAUUGGGUACUGUUUGUUUCUGUGUGCUAUUUUUUUAAAUAGGUGUUGCCGUUACAAAGGCUUGAUGUAGAAGAAAUCCCAUGUCACCUGUAAGAUCAAGAUCAGGCAUUGCGUGAUGGGAGAAGCGAGGCCUCCGUGCUCUGCCGAGUCUGGGAGCAAACAGGCUGAGCCGGGCCACGCAUGCGCAGAUGGGAGCCAACAGUUUUUCACGGGCAACUGUUUUUCAAGCUACAGCUGGCCUGGCGGGAUAAUUAUUGCCGGUCAGUCCUCGCUCAGACACCUCAGGAAUAGCUGCCACAACUAGCCUCUGCGUGUGUGGCGGCCCAGCUUCAGCGGGAAGAGCUGUCAAACGUGCAGAGAAGACUGCUCGAAGGCUCCACAGAGUACUUGCUGUCACUCACUGAAACAACGGCAGCCCUGGCCCUUUGUUUAGGAUCGUGACGCCGUAAGAAACAAAUAUAGGUUUAUCCUGCCUGUCCUGAGGAGCAAGAGGCACCUCCAAGGGGAUCCUUCAGCCUCGCAGCGACGUUCCAAGCUUACCAGUGGAAAGACUAGUGACGGGAAACCUUGCCACGAAAAGGCCAGUGAGUCUGCGAGAUGAAGCCAGAGCCGGUGCGCCUGAGGAAGGAGUUGGGUUUACUGGAGGGCUUCACCUUGAUCAUGGGCAACGUCAUCGGCUCGGGCAUCUUCGUGGCCCCCAAGGGCGUCAUAACCUACGUGGGCAGCGUAGGCAUGUCCCUCGCAGUGUGGGCGGUCAGCGGGCUGCUCACCAUGUUGGGCGGCCUUUGCUUCACCGAGCUGGGCACCAUGAUCCCCCAGACGGGCGGCAUGUACGUCUACCUGCACGAGGCGUUCGGGCCCCUGCCGGCCUUCCUCUACCUGUGGGUGACGGUCGUGCUGCGCAACAACGCGACCGCCGCCGUGGUCGCCCUCACCUUUGCCAGCUACCUGAUCCAGGGCGUCACGGGGGGCUGUGAGGCUGUCCCCGACGCGGCGGUCAGACUCCUCGCCGCCAUCCUCAUAUGCUUCCUGUCGUGGGUGAACUGCAUGAACGUGAAGUGGGCGGCGAAGGUGCAGAACGUGUUCACGCUGAGCAAGGUGGUGGCGCUCGUGGUGGUGAUCGUGACGGGGGCAGUUCACCUGGGCGCCGGCCACCUGGACAACUAUCAUGGCGUCAUGGCUGGCACCAACUGGAAGGCUGGCGCCAUCGCUACCGCCUUUUAUCAGAGUCUUUUCUCCUACGAUGGAUGGGACAAAGUUUACUACGUGGCAGAGGAGCUCAAAAACCCUGAGAGAGAUCUGCCGAUCGCCAUCUUCUUGGCCACCACGCUGCUCACUGUGCUCUACACGCUCACCAACGCCGCCUACCUGGCCGUGCUGACCCCCGCCGAGAUGAUAUCGUCCGGCGCCGUGGCCUUGGUAUGUGGGGAUGGGCAGGGCUGGUUCUCUUGGCUGACGGUUACCGCCCUACCGCUCACGCAUGCACUCAACUCCUUUUACUGUUUGCAGACGUUUGCCGACAGGACGCUGGGCGUGGCGGCACGGCUGAUGCCCAUUUUUGUCAUGUGUUCGACCUUUGGCACCAUCAACGGCUACAUUUUAAUGCAAUCGCGCCUCAUCUUCGCCGGGGCGAGGAAGGGACAGCUCCCUGAAGUUUUUUCCCUCGUGAGCACAGUCCACAUGACGCCCGUGGUGGCCAUCGUGGUGCACGGAGUCUUGUUGUUGCUGAUGCUGGUCACCUCGGAUGUAAUCCUGCUCAUCAACUACAGCAUCUACGCCGCCACGCUGACCCACCUGGGCUGCAUGGGUGCACUCUUUUGGUUCCGCUACAAGGAGCCCAAACGACCCAGGCCCUUCAAGGUGUUCCUGGUGCUGCCGGUGAUCUUCACGGUGAUCCUGGUGUUCCUGCUGGUGCUGCCCGCCACCCAGAACCCUUCUGAUGUGGGUGUGGGUAUCGCCCUCAUCUCUUCGGGACUCCCCGUCUACUAUUUUACCAUACACAGGAAGGACAUCGCCGGAAAGUUUACGCGUCUCUUGGGCCGUCUGACCGUCUGGUGCCAGGUAUUGUUCAUGGGACUGCCGGAGAUGGACCGCCGCCUUGCAUCUGCUGCUGCUGCUGAUGAUGAUGACGGUGUGGGAGGUAACACUUCCCGCAGAACAUCGCGAAACGAUACACACUGCGACUAGUUUUGUCCUAACAAGCGACAUUAUGAUUAUUUCACAAAGGCAAAGGAAGGAUGUUUUCAGAAUACAGGACAAGGUGCCACAGUGUACGACGCGCUGUUAAAAGCUGGGCUCGGGCGGGUAAUGAAUGCCUUCACAAGUGUUUGGCAACCAUUACACAUGACGGUGACGAGUGAGAGCAGGCGCCGGAAUCACUGGCUGGCUGGGAAGGCUGUGAUGCAAACGGAUAUAAGAUUUACCUAUGA